AUGGGCACAGCCCUCGCAGCAGAAGCCCAUGAGAAAGGCGCACAAUGCGUGUUAGGGCCCACGGUAUGCAUCCACCGACACCCACUAGGUGGGCGGAACUUUGAGAGUUUCAGUGAAGACCCCUUUCUUGCUGGCAAGCUUGCUGCGCAGGUUAUUCGUGGACUUCAGGACCAUGGGGUAUCCGCGACUAUCAAACACUUUGUCGCUAAUGAGCAGGAGACUGCUCGUACCACUGUGGAUGAGACGAUUUCGGAAAGAGCUCUUCGGGAGAUUUACCUUCGACCGUUUGAGAUUGCUAUGAGAGAAGCUAAUCCCUGGGCUAUCAUGACCGCGUAUAACUCGGUAAAUGGGACACAUUGUGAUGCUCAUAAGUGGUUACUAGAAGAUGUUCUGCGCGAUGAAUGGAAGUGGGAUGGAUUGGUUAUGAGUGAUUGGGGCGGUACCAAUUCGGUUGUGGAUGCGUUGAAAGCUGGACUUGAUCUGGAGAUGCCUGGUCCUCCACGAAAACGCAUAUUCUCCGCUGUUGUGAAAGCGUUGGAUGACGGAGAGGUGUCCGAGGAUGUGAUUGACGAUCGUGUUCGCUCCGUACUUCGGUUUGUUACGAAGCUUACGGCCUUGUCGAAGAUACACGCACAAGAUGUUACCAUCAAUCAGCCAGAAGACAGGGCACUAAUUCGAAAUGCUGGCGCUCAAGGGAUUGUUCUGUUGAAGAAUGAUAAUGAAAUUUUGCCUCUCCGGAAGGAUAAGCUGAAGGGGAAGAGAAUUGCCCUGGUUGGACUGGCCAAAGAUGCCCUCGCUCAUGGUGGUGGCAGUGCCAGUGUCAAUGCUUAUUAUAAAGUCACGCCAUGGGAGGGUCUAAAGAAUGCAUUGGGUGCCCAAGUGGAGCUUCUUUAUGCGAAAGGCUUUCAUAAAGAGCGUCUUCUUCCAUCCAUCGACAGUAGCACCACAACUUGCGGCACAGUGGUCGGUCUUGAUGGUAAAACCGGCUUCACUCGACUGUUGUUUGACUUCAAGAAAGAGAAUGUUGUCACUGAGAAAACUGAACCAGUAUCUACACUGCACGGCUUCCUUCAAUCAUCAUAUUCUCCUCUUGGCUCCCAGGAGUCCCUAUGGAAAACUCUCGAAAUCGUUGGCGACUUCACGCCCGCUGAGACUGGAAAGCAUUACAUCGCCUGUUCUGGACUUGGUCCCACGCAGGUUCUGGUAGAUGACGAGGUGAUUUUUGAACAAAAAGACAACUCCUCCGACCCGAUGGGAUCCUUGUUUCUCGCGGCGCCUGAAGAGGAGAUCCGCCAUGAAUUUGUUGCUGGGCGAACCUACAGACUUUGCAUUAGAUCCUACCCUCCUGUUGGCAUUGGUCUGGAUAUUCUAGAGGGUCGAAGCGGCGUGCGGAUGGGUAUGCAGCUGGAGUCCGUUCAUGAUGAGGACCUACAAGGUGAAGCGGCCAGAAUUGCCGCCGAGGCCGAUCUUGCGAUUGUUUUUACAGGACACGACCCACAAUGGGAAUCUGAAGGUCGUGACCAAGACUCGUUUAAUCUUCCACGACGUGGUACACAGGAUGGUGUCGUAUCGGCCGUUGCCGCUGCGAAUCCAAAUACCAUUGUUGUCAACUCGACCGGUGUUGCUAUUGCUAUGCCAUGGUUGGAAAGCGUGCGUGCUGUUGUUCAAGCCUGGUUUCCUGGCCAAGAAUGCGGUAAUUCGAUUGCGGACGUUCUGACUGGUGUGGUGAACCCAGAGGGUCGACUACCUGCUAGCUUCCCACGUCGCAUCCAAGAGGCUCCUGCUUUCGAUAAUUUCCCAGGAGAAUAUGUCGACGGCCAGUUGAAAGUGACUUAUGCUGAAGAUGUUUUUGUUGGCUAUAGAUGGUUCGAUUCUAUUGCCGGUGAUACACUGAACUUUCCUUUCGGCCAUGGUCUCUCAUAUACUACAUUCUCAUAUGGCUCGGUGGUUAUCUCUGACCUGGACUCUGAGAAAGAGGAUACUUUGAUUGCUAGUCUCGAAGUUUCAAACACUGGAACUGUCUAUGGCGGCACCGUUAUUCAAAUCUAUGGCGGCAUCGAGUCUCCUGCCGCUGAACAUCCACUGAAGAGCUUGGUGGCGUUUCAGAAGAUACAUUUGACUCCAGGAGGCACGAGGAAGGUCGAUCUCUAUAUUUCCCUUCGGGACAUGGCUUACUUUGAUGAGGAAUUGCGAGUGUGGGCUCUUGAUGCAGGAAGAUACGUCUUCUACUUGGGAAAUUCAGCAUCCGAAAUCCUUCAAACGGUAAAUUUGACCCUUGAACGGAGACAGUAUAAGACAGACAUCAAUCGUAGUACUAGAAGAUAG